AACAAUAAGGACGAGCUAGGCACCAGAUUAACCGCGAGGAUCGAGUCCGGGUUUCUGAUUUUAACUGCCUAUGAUCGUGCUUUCUUGUAAAGAUUUUCAAUCGCUGGUUAUCAAGGCUUCGCUGUAUAACAGCAAACGUAUGUAUAUGCUCCCCCCGCAGCAUAUCCACCCUGGAACGAACCAGAAGAGUCCUAUACCUCGACUACCGCUCAGGCUAAUACCCCAACAUAUCAUGAGAGAAGUGGUCUACCUCUGCUGUAUAUCUGUCCUGUCAUUCUGCAGGAUACCCUUGCUGAAGUCAUCUCAUCGAACUACAUGUUGGUAUCUGCCUAAAGAAGUAACCUACCUGUCUGUCUGCAACCCCUCUUCCCUGCUGUACGGUCGUCAUCGGACGUUAAAACCUUUGACCUCUGCAAUGUACCGGCUCGGAACACCUUUUAUUUUUUCCUGUGAGAUAGGGUUAUCUUUGAUCCCGCCAAAAUCCAAAAAAAA